ACUUUUGGUCCCAGCUACCAAACGGCGUGUACCAACAAGAGAUUUAAAAAAAUAAGAUUUAUACCAAACCAAAAGCGAUCAGAUCCAAAUCAAGUCAAAACAAAAGAUAUAAAACCCGGAACGCAGGCAUUCACAGACUAUCAUCUUACCCAGUUGAAAGACAUUUUUCUUGUUUUUUUUCCGUUGUUGAAUCAAAAAGAAGAAACGUUUUCAAAACGAGUGCAUUUUGCAUUGUGAGUGGAUCGAAUCGAAACGGAAAAUUGGAAGCCCGACACAUCGAGGAAUUCCAUCUAGCCAAACGCCAAAAAUAAGAGCAGCUACUUCCCAAAAUCCCCAAGAAAAGCAAAAGUGUUGCGAAUUCGCGGUGACAAAAGGCCAAAAGCAAAAAAAGGCCAGGCACCAUACCACUUUCCGGACCAGUUUGCUCCGCACCACUAAUCCACCAAUCUGCAAGAUCCCACCCAGAGUCCGGAACCCAAUCAGGCCAAGCCCGGCGGAAUUAUGACGGACGUAUCGCACGAAUUGGGCGCCCUGCGCUUCGUGGUGGACUCACCGCUGUCCUCCAAGGUAGCCAUGUUCAACAACCAGGCCACGCAGCACAAACAGUCGCAGUUGCUGAAUCCCUUCUCCCAGGACGGUCGCGCCUCCUCGCCGAAGCCCACAUUCUCGAAGGAUCAGUAUGGCAAGCCACUGGCCGGCAGCCUCACGGAGAUGCGUGGCCAGAAGGCCAACAUCCAUGUGAUGAAGGAGAUGCUGGAGCUGUGCCAGAUCAUCAAUUCGGAGGGCUACGACGUCAAGGACGAGCCCACCAUGCGCGUGAUUCCCUUCGGCGAGCUGUUCAAUAUCUACAACUACAUCUCCGACAAGGUGGUGGGCAUCCUGUUGCGCGCCCGGAAACACAAACUAGUGGAUUUCGAGGGCGAGAUGCUGUACCAGCGGCGAGAUGACAACGUCCCAGUGUUCCUGCUGAAGCCCAUCAAGGAAAUCCGCAGCGAGAUGGACGCCAAGAUCGAGGACAUCAAGCGGGCGGCCAGUCCGGCGCCACCGCAGUCCACCUCGGUCUUGAUGGAUCGCAGUGCCCACGAGCAGAAUCUCAAAUCGAGGACUCCCUCGCCGGCGGUGGGCAAGUCGGCCAAGGCCAAGUCCGCAUCGCCUGCGCCGGCGAAUAAGGCUCCAGCUCCAGCCCAAACGCCAGUGGCUACUCCCGCUCCAGAGCCUGCUCCUCCAGCAGAAACAGCUCCUGCUCAUGCUGCUGCUGCCGAAUCCACUCCAGCAGCAGCUCCUGCUCCAGCUUCCGUUGAGAUGAAGCCAGUGGUGUCGGGAGUGCCUGAUCCUGCGCCUGUGGCUGUGAUAGUCACGGAAGCACCACCACCACCACCACCAACCACCACAGAGGAAGCCACACCAGCAACCAUCAGCGAGCCACCGCAUACGGAGGAGGCAGUUGCUCCAGUUGCUCCAGUUGCUCCAGUUGCUCCAGUUGCUCCAGCUGCUCCAGCUUGUCCAGCUGCCGAUGACUUGCCCACUAUUGUGAUCGAAGCCACCGCCGAGUUUGUGCGCACCGUCAGCGUGGAGCAGCUGGCGCCCAGUCCCGAAACCUCAAUCCAAUCCCAAUCCGAAUCCCAAUCCUCGCCAGACGAGUCCACCCCCGCCUAAGUCGGACUAAGACUACGAAGGAUUCAGAAUGAAGGAUGAAGGAAGGACCAUCCCCUUGGAACCGUUUUGAAAGGAACUCUCGCAACUACUAAAGCGGCAGCUUUAAAUUGCAGUAGUUUAGUUUACGGCGUACUUAGUUUAAUUUACAAUUAGAGCAACACAACACUGAAGACAGAA